AUGACCGACGUUGAGCUAAUGCAUUUGAAGGAUGCCCGUUUGCUUGCCAAGCACAUCUUUGAAUUGGUGCAGAAAGAGAUACGCAGCGAGAAUGGCUAUGACCAGAUGAGGCAAGUGCUCUCAGACAUCGCUGAACUUGUGCGAAGUCAGGAAAGGCGAGUGUCCAAUUUGCAAGUACAGCUCAGAGCCCUUUGCUGCAAAGAUAUGCAGUCUUUGCAAGAAGCGCUGGAGAAAAGUCUUUCCAAUUCUAUCCUUUCCAUUGAUGAAAACGAUGCCAGCAUAUUCAUGCUUGUACCCAGGAAGACAUUCGAGGCCUUCUAUGCAGCACUCACUGACAAUCUACAAAACCUUGCAGAGGACACGUAUGGCAUGUAUGGUGACAGAGAAAAGGCUGAUGCGGAACUUGACACUGCUCUUGAUUGCCGGGCACCUCUCGUCAAAGAAGUUCUUUUGAAAAUCGGAUCCCUAUAUAAAGAACAUCGCUUCACACCUCAGAGCGAGGAACCACGGGAUGUUCAGCCACAUCACACAUUCAUUGAAUCACGGGGGGCUUCUCCCAGCAGCUUGAGCAGACAAGAGCGGCGACAAGUCAUUGACAAUGUGUGUGACCUGCUUAAGCGCUUAGGCAUAGAUUGCGAAACAGUCUAUUUGCUUGAAGGCAGUUUGUGGAUUGUCCUGAGAACAGCCCAGAAACUAGAGAUGGAUAAGGAACUCAGUCUUGAGAGGGAGCUUUCUGUGUACAUCCGUGGGUGUGUUGAAAGCAAGAAGCUGGGUUGGAUCUUUGCACAAGAUCCUGAAGUGAAGAGAACAGCACUGGUUCCUCCUGUUGUCCUGAACCUGGUCCGUUUUGCAAGCGACAUUUGCGCAAAGUUGAAGCGCGAAGGUUGCAAUGACGACUUUUCAUGUACGUGGCUGGACGUGUUGGGGUUGAAAGAUAUCCUGUCGCCAACAGUGGUUGGACAGCAGUUGUGGCUGCUGGUCAACGGGCAGGAACUGGAUGAUGACCAUUUGCUGCGUACCACUACUGGUUUGCAGAUAGUGUUCCGCCAACUACUUCUCGAAUGGCAUCAUCAGCAUUCACGUUCGAUCCAGAGUCGGGAGCGACCAACGCUGGCAGCUUCUUCUGCUGAAGCAUCGCCGCCAGCUGCACUACAGACCGCAAGAAAUGUGAUACUCGAUUUGCAUAAACAACUGGUGUCUCUCCCAAAGACACAGAAGAGGCUUCUGAAGUUGGCUGCAGUUCCGUUGAAUGCUCCACCUGCCUUGAUUGACGAGUUCAGCAGGGUAUUGAAAGCUCUUGGUCAGCCGGUGACGACACGUGGCGGGCCAUCUACGAAUGAUGAAGUGGAUGGUGAAGUGGUAGCCACUUUGGACGCUUUGCUCGCGAACAUUGAGAGCAUGGGUUGCGAGAAUGCUUUGGAUCACUUUAUUGACGAAUGGAAAUAG